AUGUCGGUGAAGCCUCAAUCAUUACCGUGUAGCUGCGUGGACUGCCCUUCAGCGUGUAAAGCUGCCAAUGAUGUGCCUACCCUCCAAGAUCCACUAGAGAUUUUCGGCUGGAAUAUCUUCGGUGUCAUAAUGGCACUUAGUAUUCUGAUUUUAAGUACAUUUUUUACAGUUUUUUAUACUUUGAGAAAUUGCAAGUCAACGAAUCACAAUAAAAACUCGGAAGUAUCAAGUGGCAACGAAAUAACCAUUGAACCAGAGAUAAACAAAUUGCGGAAAUCAUUGAAAAAUAUAUUCUGUGCACUUGGAAAAUUUUUCGCUAAUCGUCCAGUAACAACUUUGUCCGCCACUGGCAUUUCCGUGAUCAUCCUUAGUUACGGGCUUACACAGUUAAAAACAUCGACUAAUCCGAUUGAAAUUUGGUCUGCCAAAAACAGUAGAGCAAGAGUCGAAAAAGCCUAUUUUGACGAAAAAUUUGGGCCUUUUUAUCGCACUGAGCAAAUUUACAUCAAAACUGUCGGUCUUGACAAGAUUUAUUACAACACAUCGGAUGAAGAACUGGAAUUUGGGCCAGUUUUCCACAAGGACUUCUUGCUUGAAGUUUUAAAUUUGCAGAACAACAUAACACAGCUUGGCCAAGAAGAUGACCAGGGGUUGGAGAAAAUAUGUUAUGCUCCAGUAAAAAAUGAUUUCUCUGGUCCAACGACUAUCGAUGACUGCGUAAUUCAAAGUAUAUGGGGCUUUAAAAAUAAUGAUGACAGUACUUUUGGCGAUCCUAACGAAUCCACUGAAUCCUACGACCCUAAAAAGUAUUUAGAAGACUUUUACACGUGUUUAAAUGCACCUUACAAAAUUGAUUGCUUAGCACCAUACAAGGGUCCCAUCAUCCCAGCACUAGUGUUGGGUGGAUUUUUAGAGGAAGGAAGAAACGCGAACAGCUACUCUGGAAGGGAUUACAUCAAAUCAACUGCCCUAGUUUUAACUUUCAUAGUCAAAGCUCCANUUGUUUCAAGCCACGAUUACCAUUGCAUCUGGUACGGAGAAUGUCACGACGAAGGCCAAAAAGUUAGAAGUUGUUUAUCGAACGACACUGCCAAGCCGGUUGUCGAUCAGAAAUCCGUUGCCAUUCUUCGGAAAAGGUGUCCACAUAUGUUCCGUAAUGAAACAGAUAUUCCAAGAACGUGUUGUGACGUCACUCAAAUAGAAAGAAUGGAAAAGUCGCUGGCCCCAUUAGACGCCUUUUUGGGCAGGUGUCCUGGAUGUUUGAAAAAUCUCCUUCGUUCGAUAUGCUCUGUUACUUGUGGCUGGGAUCAAAGUAGAUUUAUGGACCAAACUGAAAUUAGGACGAGCAAUAAAACUGGCAAAAAGUACAUUGAAUCCAUUGAGGUAUACUUGUCAAAAGAAUAUGCAGAUGCAACAUUUGAUUCGUGUAAAGAUGUCGCCUAUCCGGCUAGUAAUUCUAAGGUCAUGGACUUGUUAUUAUGUCUUGGUCAAGAGAAACCUUGUACCCCUAAAAAGUGGUUUACGACAAUGGGAGAUCCUGACGUUCCUUAUGUGCCAUUUUUAAUUGAUUACGUAUUCCAAAAAAACAAAUUAAAAUCAAAAUUUAUCGAAAGCCCGUUAAAUCCAGCCGUCAUUCCAUGUGAAAUACCUUAUGAUAUAACAACGAACCCGAUUGAAAUUUGGUCUGCCAAAAACAGUAGAGCGAGAAUAGAAAAGGACUAUUUUGACAAAAAAUUUGGGCCUUUUUAUCGCACUGAGCAAAUUUACAUAAAAACUGUCGGUCUUGACAAGAUUUAUUACAACACAUCGGAUGAAGAACUGGAAUUUGGGCCAGUUUUUCACAAGGACUUCUUGCUUGAAGUUUUAAAUUUGCAGAACAACAUAACACAGCUUGGCCAAGAAGAUGACCAGGGGUUGGAGAAAAUAUGUUAUGCUCCAGUAAAAAAUGAUUUCUCUGGUCCAACGACUAUCGAUGACUGCGUAAUUCAAAGUAUAUGGGGCUUUAAAAAUAAUGAUGACAGUACUUUUGGCGAUCCUAACGAAUCCACUGAAUCCUACGACCCUAAAAAGUAUUUAGAAGACUUUUACACGUGUUUAAAUGCACCUUACAAAAUUGAUUGCUUAGCACCAUACAAGGGUCCCAUCAUCCCAGCACUAGUGUUGGGUGGAUUUUUAGAGGAAGGAAGAAACGCGAACAGCUACUCUGGAAGGGAUUACAUCAAAUCAACUGCCCUAGUUUUAACUUUCAUAGUCAAAGCUCCACAUGAUCAAGAUGCGAAAAGUGCCGUUUUGAAGUGGGAAAAAAGGUUUCUCGAUUUCAUGAAAAAUUGGUCGGCAAACGAUCGCCCGCAGUUCAUGGAUGUGGCCUAUUCCGCCGAAAGGUCCAUCGAAGAUGAGCUCGAGAGAACAUCGGAGGCAGAAAUCAUUACCAUUGUUAUAAGCUACGCUUUGAUGUUUGUCUACAUAGCCAUUGCUUUGGGGGAUUUUGACUUUUCUCGUCAAAGUUUCGUAACCAGUAGAAUUGUGUUGAGCAUCGGUGGACUCGUAGUAGUUUUUUCUUCGGUCUCUUGUGCUGUUGGAAUAUUUGCAUACCUUGGCAUAUCGACAUCAUUAUUAACUAUUGAGGUCAUUCCAUUUUUAGUACUUGCCGUGGGAGUUGACAAUAUGUUCAUAUUAGUCAGAACGUGCCACAGGUAUCCCCGAAAUCUUGACGAACCUGUACCGGACCACAUCGCACGAGUAAUGGGUUCAAUUGGCCCUUCCAUAUUGUUAACAAGCGCUUCGGAAUGCUUUUGUUUUGCCAUAGGUUCGAUGGCUGAAAUGCCGGCUGUAAAUUCAUUUGCGAAAUUCGCUGCAGUUGCAAUUGCUAUCAAUUUUCUUCUUCAAAUAUCAGCCUUUGUCAGUUUACUAACGUUGGACAUCCAGCGUCAAGAGAGCAAUCGCGUGGAUGUUUUUUGCUGUUUGGCCGCAAAAAAGAAACAAGAGGACCAAAGAGGAAUCAACAAAAACUUGAUCAACUCCUUCUUCGAAAAAGUAUUUGCCCCCAACCUCAUGAAAAAUCCCGUACGUUUCGUGGUACUUUUCGUCUUCACUGCGGCCACGAUUGUCAGCGUAUUUUUCGCCCCAACAGUUGACAUCGGACUUGACCAGGAACUAUCCGUCCCCGACGACUCGUACGUUCACAAGUACUUCAAGUACAUGAAGGAGCUCCUGUCGAUGGGACCCCCCGUUUAUUUUGUCGUGACUGAAGGCUUGAACUACAGUGACUUUGAAGUGCAAAACGCAAUCACCGGAGUCUCGGGCAACAACAACGAUUCCCUGUACCUGCAGCUUUAUUCUGCUGCCAAUAAAUCCAGAGAAACAUACAUAUCGAAACCUCCCAACUCAUGGCUCGACGAUUACUACGACUGGUCAAUAAGUCCAAGUUGUUGUCGAUAUUUUCCCGGAAACUCAUCAUUUUGCCCACACGAUGUAAUAUCUAACUGUAAAUCGUGUGAUAUUUCUAAGGACGAAAUUUACACGAUUUACCAGACGCAGGGUGUGGUAAGGGAGGAAAGGCUGCGUAUGGAAGCAACAUACAUAUCGAAACCUCCCAACUCAUGGCUCGACGAUUACUACGACUGGUCAACAAAUGAUGAAUGCUGCAAAUUUUUUCCAGGAAACUCAUCAUUUUGCCCACACGAAAAUUAUGACUGCCAAACAUGUAACAAAAGUACAGACCAGAAGUACACUUUGCGACCAACUGUGGAACAUUUUAGGAAAUAUCUGCCCUACUUUUUAUCAGAUGUACCAGAUUACGCAUGUGCCAAGGCAGGAAGAGCUGUAUAUGUAGAUGCUGUUAAUUAUCGUUUAGACGAGUACAAUAUGACAGAUGUCGGAGCCUCACAUUUCAUGACGUACCAUACGCCUCUGAAAAAAUCAUCAGAUUGGUACAGAGCAUUGGAAAGUGCAAGGCUUAUAGCCGAUGCAAUCGGUGACUCGAUAAACAAAGCUGUUUCAACAGUAUCCAGUAGAAUCGUGUUGAGCAUCGGUGGAAUUGUCGUGGUUCUUUCGUCGGUCUCUUGUGCCGUUGGAAUAUUUGGAUACGUUGGUACAUCAACUUCUCUGUUAACGCUCGAGGUCAUUCCAUUUUUAGUACUUGCCGUGGGAGUUGACAAUAUGUUCAUAUUAGUCAGAACAUGCCAGAAAUACCCUCGAGACGUUGCUGAAUCCGUGCCGGACCACGUAGCUCGACUGUUUACCAGGAUGGCCCUGAAGUCGAUGUCUCUCUCCUUACUCACCAUAUUCGUUGUCACCCUGUUCCUGACCGGCUUCUCUUUUUAUUCGGCUAUAGUGGUCGCAGUGACAGUCACUAUGAUAGUCGUAGACCUCGUGGGCUUGAUGGUUUUGUGGAACAUAUCACUUAAUGGGGUGUCCCUCAUAAAUUUGGUCAUGGCUGCUGGAAUUUCAGUUGAGUUUUGUAGUCACAUUGUUCACGCUUACAUAACAUCCGAACAGAGUGACAGAAAAGAAAAGGCUAUGGACUCACUGGCUAGGAUAGGGGGUUCAGUAUUCUCUGGCAUAACGUUGACAAAGUUCGUUGGUAUUGCAGUUCUUGGUUUUGCAAAGACUCAAAUAUUUACCGUUUUUUACUUUAGAAUGUAUUUAGGAAUUGUUUUAAUUGGUGCGAUACAUGGUUUGAUUUUUUUACCGGUUUUAUUGAGUUUUACAGGCAGUGGACAUACAAGUGGCAAUACGUCUCUUGCUACACACUUCCCAGGAUAUAACGGCAAUUUCAAACUUAACUUUUUUCGGGCUUCACCUGUGCCCAACCACGAAAAUGUGUUAAAUUUUGCUGGAAUUGCUGAAGUUCACAAAGUGCAUUUUGGAACUGUUGCAACACCACUUGCUGCUGGAAUUUCAGUUGAGUUUUGUAGUCACAUUGUUCACGCUUACAUAACAUCCGAACAGAGUGACAGAAAAGAAAAGGCUAUGGACUCACUGGCUAGGAUAGGGGGUUCAGUAUUCUCUGGCAUAACGUUGACAAAGUUCGUUGGUAUUGCAGUUCUUGGUUUUGCAAAGACUCAAAUAUUUACCGUUUUUUACUUUAGAAUGUAUUUAGGAAUUGUUUUAAUUGGCGCGAUACAUGGCCUGAUUUUUUUGCCGGUUUUAUUGAGUUUUACAGGUCCUAGCAUGGUCAGAAAUCCUGUAAAUGUGAUAGAAUAA